CAAAACCUAAUAUACUCUGCAUGCAAGAGCCGGUAUCCUAUUCGUCUAGCGCUCCCGUCUCCAGUCUGGUUUCCUCACCGAAUCCCUAUUAUCAAACCAAAAAUCGUCUCACGAAACGUAUAAUUCCACAAAUCUCUCAAUCAUCUAACGCCUCCUGAAUGCGGGUGAAUACCAAUUCCUUCAUUGUUGAAUCCUGAGUUUCAACUAUGGUGUUGGCGGAGUUAGGGGAGAGCGUUUCGCGCGCUCUCCAGCGGAUGAGCAAUGCAACGGUAAUUGAUGAGAAGGUUCUCAACGAGUGCCUCAAUGAGAUCACUCGUGCUCUUCUCCAAUCGGAUGUUCAAUUCAAGCUCGUUCGCGAUUUGCAAGCUAACAUCAAACGGAUAGUCAACCUUGACGACUUAGCUGCUGGACACAACAGGCGUAAGAUAAUCCAGCAGGCUGUUUUUAAUGAGCUUUGCAACAUAUUGGAUCCUGGAAAACCCUCAUUCACGCCCAAGAAAGGGAAGACUAGCGUUGUAAUGUUUGUAGGUUUGCAAGGUUCUGGGAAAACAACAUCUUGUACCAAAUAUGCCUACUACCACCAGAGGAAAGGCUGGAAACCGGCUUUAGUUUGUGCAGAUACAUUUAGAGCAGGUGCUUUUGAUCAACUAAAGCAAAAUGCAACAAAAGCUAAAAUACCUUUCUAUGGGAGCUACACAGAGUCUGACCCUGUAAAAAUAGCAGAGGAAGGUGUUGAGACAUUCAAGAAGGAAAAUUGUGAUCUCAUAAUUGUUGACACCAGUGGGCGCCACAAACAAGAAGCUGCUCUCUUUGAAGAGAUGCGUUAAGUCUAUGAAGCAACUAAACCAGAUCUUGUGAUAUUUGUUAUGGAUAGUUGUAUUGGUCAAGCUGCUUUUGAUCAAGCUCAAGCGUUCAAGCGAAGUGUUGCAGUUGGGGCUGUAAUAAUUACUAAAAUGGAUGGACAUGCCAAGGGAGGUGGCGCCCUUAGCGCAGUUGCUGCAACAAAGAGCCCUGUGAUCUUUAUUAGUACCGGAGAACACAUGGAUGAGUUUGAAGUUUUUGAUGCCAAGCCAUUUGUCAGCCGACUUCUGGGCAUGGGUGAUUGGUCUGGGUUCAUGGAAAAAAUAAAGGAGGUUGUUCCUGUGGAUCGACAACCUGAACACCUUCAGAAGCUCUCUGGGGGGAACUUUACCUUGAGGAUUUUGUAUGAACAAUUCCAAAUUAUACUUAAAAUGGUGGGUCCUAUAGGAUUUCCUCAAGAAUUUUUGCCAAAAGGGGGGGAAAAGGAAAGCCAGUCGAAAAUCAAAAGUUAUAUGACAAUGAUGGAUUCGAUGACCAAUGAAGAAAUGGACAGUACGAACCCCAAGAUAAUGACGGAAUCACGCAUAAUGCGGAUAGCAAGGGGGUCGGGUCAUAUGGUGCACGAAGUAAUGGAAAUGAUGGAAGGGUACAAGAAAAUGGCAAUGGCAUGGAGGAGCAAGAAGAAGGGACUUCAGAUUUCAAAGAAGGGAGAUAUGAGGGUCCUUUCACGAAAUACGAAUGCUCAGCACCUGAGCAAAUUUCUCCCCCCACAGAUUUUGGAACAGAUGGGCAGAAUGGGCUGCUUGCAGAGCUUGAUGAAACAAAUGGGUUCUGCCAAGGAUAUGAUGGGUAUGUUUGGUGGUGGUGGGGAUUAAAUAAAUCAAGCUUAUGAUCGAUAAUGAUGAUAUAUAUACAUGUAGUCUAGCCUCUAGUCUCUACUACUUUACUCCAGACUAAAACUGUAAUGAGCACAAAGUUUUUAAAGAAGGCUAAAACAUUGGAACCGAGCCCUGGAGUGGCAGAUCUGGAACAUAGAGGAUCCAGUCGUCCACCCCUAAUAUGAAUGCUUUGAAAACAUAACAAUCUGGUAAUAAAAAUUUAUACAAAUGAAUAA